AUUGAUUGAACCAAAACUUGAACUAGGGUUUGUGGAAGUGCAACAGCAACAGGAACAGCAAUGGCGCCGCAACAGAGAAAACCGAGAGUUAGCAGAAACCCAGAAUUGAUAAGGGGAAUUGGAAAGUAUUCGAGGUCGAAGAUGUACCACAAGAGGGGCAUCUGGGCUAUCAAGGCCAAAAACGGCGGCGUUUUCCCUCGCCAUGAUACCAAAUCUAAACCUGAAGCUCCCGCUGAAAAAACCCCCAAAUUUUACCCCGCUGAUGAUGUCAAGAAGCCUCUUCUUAACAAGCACAAGCCCAAACCUACUAAGCUCAGGGCUAGCAUUACUCCUGGGACAGUGCUGAUUCUUCUUGCUGGUAGAUUUAAGGGAAAGAGGGUAGUGUUUCUGAAGCAGCUUCCUUCUGGGUUGCUUCUUGUAACUGGUCCUUUCAAGAUUAAUGGAGUUCCUUUGAGACGUGUGAAUCAGUCUUAUGUUAUUGGCACAUCAACCAAAGUAGAUGUCUCUGCUGUUAAUGUGGAUAAAUUUGAUGACAAGUACUUUGCAAAGGAAGCCCAGAAAAAGAAGAAGAAGGGAGAAGGCGAGUUCUUUGAGGCAGAGAAGGAGGAGAAACAUGUGUUGCCCCAGGAGAAGAAAGAUGACCAGAAAACAGUGGACUCUGCGUUGAUAAAAGCCAUUGAGGGUGUUCCUGAUUUGAAGACUUAUCUGGGUGCUAGGUUUUCCCUGAAGGCAGGCAUGAAGCCACAUGAACUAGUCUUCUAGGGGAAGCAAGGGUGUUACACUUGUUCUCAUAUGCUUCUCACUUUUUUUUUUUUUUUUUUUUGUGAGUUGGGUCCCAAUAGUUGCACUGAUAAUUUUCUUGGUAACAGACAAAUGAUGAACGUAAUUUUGUUAGGCAACAGAUUGUGCCUGAGAUGUUCCUUCCUGCAAUUUUGCUCUUGUGAACGUGUUAUUGAUUUUAUGAAUUUUAGAUAUUUUGU